CCCUUAUGAUACUUUCAUAUGGACACAGGAAAGCCCCUUCCCUUCCUAGCCUUGGCUCUCACUUUCAAAUUCCCGACCUCUUUCUAGCGCCGAAAUUACCAGCACGUAGAGCAAGGACAGCAUUGGCCGCUCGGCCUCUGACCCAAAUGGAAAUCGGCGGAUUAGACUCCGAUGGCCGUGAAUUUAGAAACGCGGACGAGAUGUGGAGAGAAGAAGUAGGAGAUGGUGACCACCAAAAGAAAUCUCAAUGGUAUAGCAAAGGCAUCAAUUACUGGGAAGGUGUGGAAGCCACAGUGGAUGGUGUGCUGGGCGGAUAUGGGCAUGUGAAUGAGGCUGAUAUAAAGGCAAGUGAGGAAUUUCUCAACACCAUUUUGGCAGAAAGGUUCCCUGAUGCUGGAAGAGGCCGCCAUCUUGUAGCUCUGGAUUGUGGAUCUGGCAUUGGAAGGGUUACCAAGAAUCUUCUUAUACGAUAUUUCAAUGAGGUCGACCUUCUGGAGCCUGUAUCACAUUUUUUGGAAUCAGCCCGGGUAAAUUUGGCUCCUGAAAAUUUAAUGGUGUCAGAGUUGCACAAAGCUGCCAAUUUUUAUUGUGUUCCACUCCAGGAAUUUACUCCUGAUGCUGAAAGAUAUGAUGUUAUUUGGGUUCAAUGGUGUAUUGGGCAUCUUGCAGAUGAUGACUUCAUUUCAUUCUUCAAGAGAGCAAAGGUCGGCUUGAAACCUGGUGGACUUUUUGUUCUAAAAGAGAACAUUGCAAAAACAGGAUUUGUCUUGGACAAAGAAGAUAAGAGCAUCACAAGAUCAGAUUCAUAUUUUAAGGAGCUGUUCAAUCAAUGUGGACUAUGCAUCUACAAGAUGAAGGAUCAAAAAGGAUUUCCAGAUGAAUUAUUUGCUGUGAAGAUGUAUGCAUUGACUACUGAGAUGCCAAGGCAAGGUAAUAAACCUAGACCUAAACGGACAACUAAUAGACCUGCUAUCAUCAGAUGAUGAAUAUCACAUUUGUGUGGUUUUACUAACUUUGGAUGAAGUAAUUCAUAGCUUAUUUGUUUUUAGGUUACAUCUAUGCGAGUUCUGUCAAUGUUAGGUUAUUGCUUUUGGAUAUAAUUAUAUACAUUGAUAAUGAAGAGAUUUGUUGUGUACUUUAGCUUAUUAUAGGUUACUUCUUAUGUUGAAUUAUUUAUGCAACCGCUUUUGUAUCAAUGUAUUCUGCUGUUCUUGUA